AUGAAAUGUUAUUUUACAACAAAGUUUAUCAUUUGUUAUUUAUUAGGUGGAAGUACACCAAAAUCUCCUGCCAAAACAGAAUCAGAAACUCCAAAAAAGAAACCAGAAAUGUGGUGUAAUGUUGGAGUAUUUGACACGAACACCACCAUCGUGUCCGAUUAUAUAGCCUCACCAGAAACAAAUGAACAAGUAGAUUUAGUGACUGCCACUCUCGGAGGAAGAAGAUUUCAGCUAGAACCUGGUACCGCAUAUAAAUUUCGUGUUUGUGCCGUAAACGGUUGCGGAACAGGACCUUGGUCGGACGUGGCUGCAUUCAAGACUACAUUACCAGGUUUUCCAGGUGCGCCUUCGGCUAUUAAAAUUUCAAAAUCACCCGAGGGUGCUCAUCUUACUUGGGAACCACCCGGUGGAAACAGCAGUGAGAUAUUGGAAUAUGCCGUUUAUUUAGCCGUUCGAAGUGCGAGUCAGGGAUGCCAACCUGUAACGACAAAUCAAGCUCAAUUAGCCUUCGUGAGAGUGUUUUGCGGACCAACAAAUAAAUGCAUGGUCGGAGCUAACAGUUUGCAGGCGGCUCACAUCGACACGACGACAAAACCAGCAAUCAUAUUUAGAAUUGCGGCGAGAAAUUCAAAAGGUUACGGUCCUGCAACACAGGUAAGAUGGCUUCAAGAGAGUCAAAAUGGUACUUCUCAAGGUGUUAAAAGACCAGUCAAAUAA